AUGGUUGUUUUAAGAGAUGGAAGAACUCUGAUAGGAUAUCUGAGAUCUAUAGAUCAAUUUGGUGAGUAAACAGACUGCUUGCAGCCCCCCUAUUUUUCUGUAAGAUAGUCAGGAAUGAGUGCUACAGGCAGCGAUCUUGGCUGAUUCUAGCUUGAAGAUGACUAUCUUAUCUACAUAGGGGGUGGGGGUCGGUAUGGGAGGAGGAAAAAAAUAAAGGGACGUCCACCACUGCACAAUACAAGCAUUUUAUAGAAAUGACAACUUGUCCAUGACUUGUUAGAAACUUUAUUCAAAUUAACAUCGAUUAUCUACCAACCAAUCAGAUCCCUACUAAUGCUGGAACAACGCACUCCUUGAACGUGAUCUGUAGUGAAAUUGUAACAGUCCCUCUAUUUUUCUCCCUUCCCCUCCCCACUGCCUUAAACAUUUGAUGCCUGCUCCCUUGUUACAUUGGAAACAAAUUACAAAAUGACUGUCUAGUGUUUGCUGUUAUUGUAACAUCCCAGUGAGUAUAAAGCACUCUAAAAAUUAAUGUUUUGAGCUCAGGAGUCAAUGCGUUAGGUAUCAUAUUGUUGUAAGUUGCCCAAACCCUUCCCCUCCAAAGAGGAAGAAGCUGGAAGCUCCUCAGACAUUAAUUUAUUCCUUGAUCAUAGCAAGAACUGGUAUCACUGAAUUACCCAGGCAGCAAACAAACAUCAAAUAAACAAAAAUAGCAGGGACACUUUCCCCUAACAUUGUUCUAACAGACAUUAUACUUGAAAGAAUAUAGGUAAAAAGAUCAAACAGUGUAGGUGCUGAUUGAAUUAUUUCUGGGAUAUUUCAGCCAACCUUUUGCUUCAAGAUACCAUAGAAAGAAUCCAUGUUGGAGACAAGUACGGUGACAUUCCCAGGGGAAUUUUCCUUAUCAGAGGAGAAAAUAUGGUUCUUGUUGGAGAAAUAGUGAGUAGUUUUUAACUUGUCUCAAAGAUACGUAAAUGUUCUCAUACCUGGGUAUACCUUUAGUUUCUGUUUUCAUUACUGCACAGUACAGUUUUGAAAAACGUGCCUCCCAUCAUACAUACCAGGGUCAUUCCAUGAUCAUGGACGUUACAUUUGCGUGAGUGUGGUUAGAGAAAAAUCAUUAGAACAGAUACAUAAUAACAACCAACCAUUCCCUUUCACUUUGUUUAUGACAGAUAGCUGCUAGUUGCAUGUUUAGUGAAAAACUCAUCAAAUUGAUGCAAAAAUUUAUAUUUCAAUAAAUUGAGCUGUCAUGGAUGUUACAACCAAAGAAACCAUGUUCUUAAGUGCAAAUGUUAAACAUUAAAUUCCUGUGAAUUCUGCAAGCAAAACUAAAAACAAAUGAUAUUGUCAUUUAGGUAAAUAGUGAUACUACAAUAAAAAAGUGAUAAAUAUUUCUUUUCUGAUGUGUGCCUUCUUUGCUUGAUGACAAAACACUGUCAUGGAUGUUACAUUCUGGAUCAUGGACGUUACAGUGUGGAAAAAAGAUAAAGAAGUCAGUGAUGUCAAAAAUGUAAAUUCCCUGUACCUUCUUUCUUUCCCACAAAUAUUAGUUUUGAAAUAGGCUUUAUCUUUCCCUUAAAUUUUCACCUUUUGGACAAAAAAUCAUAAGUCACCAAGUAGAUGUUUGUGACUCAUUUUUAAGCUGAUCUUCAUGUAUUUUUUUGUUCCAUAAUUUAAAAUUUCAAAGAAGCUGCUUGUAGAAAAGGUGUUUUUAAAAGAAAAGCCUGGUUUCAAGCUCUUUCUAAGCAUUACGAUGAAAAAUGGAUAUGUUUGAUACUUGGUGUAUUAAUAAUUAUUAUAAGCAUUAAUUAUCUUUCAGUUCCACAUUAUUCUCAAAUUUUAGAGAUUGUAAGCAAUUUAGAAGUUUCCACAGAGCUAUAUUGACAAUUUGAUAUGUUUACUUUAAAAGAUGAAGUAACUUAUACUUGGACAUUUUUGUUGACUAUUGUAGUUAUUAAUAAUGUCCUUAUAAUAAUUCACUAUUGUCUCCAAUAAGAUUCUAAGUGCUCUCUUUAGCUCCAUAAUAAUAUUCAGCAAUGCUAAAUAUACAUUAUUGUUGUUAUAUAACAAAUUAAUAUUAGAACCAGGCUUUUAGGCAAUUAUGAGUGAGCUUCCUGCAUUUAUUGUUGUCAUGAUGUAACGUCCAUGAAAGUAAUGUCCAUGAAGUAUGACAAAAUUUAACAUCAAAUUUUUUUGUGUCCUUUUGGAACUGAUUGGUUUUGUUGUCACAGAUGUAUGUUACUUGGUCAAAUAAAAAGGCAUCUUUGUUAUUUUUUGUAUCGGGCUUAGACAACAACUGUGAGAGAAAAAAAUUCCUUUAAAUUUCAUGGACGUUACGUAACGUCCAUGUCAAUAGUUUUGGCAGUUACUGAUUUCUCCAAAAAAAUGUAAGUUGAAAAUACUGUGGUUUUUAAUGGAGAGCUAUGGUUAAACUAAACAUUUCAUGUUGCAUUUGAUCUUCAUUGAACUCAGUUGUUUGAGUUAUGGUUAAAAGAUUAUUGCAUUCAUUAUUACCGGAAUAUGAGUCUUUUAGCAGUCUCUUACUUUGGGUACCCCCCUCAGUAUCAAAUGGUGGAUCUGCACUUAUGUCCUGAUGAUUUUCGAAACUUCAGUCCUUCUGCAUUUUGGCUAUGCUCUUAAAAUCCCAGAGUAGUUUAUUUCAAAAAUGGUCAUUUUUUCUUUUCUCAUGUGGAAUGGACCACCAACGUCUGUAAAAAUUUAUGCCUUUGUGGACCAUUAUUGGCAACUUAACUGAUUUUAACUUGUACUUUCCAGCAGUGUUGACAUGAUAGUUUUGAUUGCUGGUCCAUGUCAAAAGUUGAAAAAACAGUAGAAGAUCCAUUUGGGGAACUUAUAUUUGAAGGGUCUCAUAAAUGGAACUGGGGUUUCCUGGGCAUUUUGCAGUGUCCUCCCCAGACUUGCCUGCCCCCAAAGGCAAAAAAUGUGAGAUUCUGAACCAAGAGCUUGGAAAACUAGUGAGAAAUGGGUAAAAAGUCUUGAGAUGUCCCAAAUUUCUAAGUGGAAGGACUUCCAGCGGGGAUUGUGGGUAGUGGAAGUCACAUAUCACUUUAAAGCUAAAGCAAUGAACAUCACGAUUUUAUGAUUUAGGUUUUGAAAUUUCUAUGUUUCACUGCCGGCCAUCUUGAAAUGUAAUCAAACGCGACUGCUGAGCGUUUUCUUUGGAUGAUCAAUAUAUUGAUAGCUAAGUUGGAAACGAGCCCUAGAGCUCCAAAAUUUUUUCAGAGUUUGACUUUUCGAGAAAGCGUGAGAAAUCAGUUGCCAACUCGUGAGAGCGUGAGGUUGGUCAUGAAAUUGUGAGACUCAGGACUUUUGAGACUUAGCAAGUGUGCCUCCCUUAACAAAAAUAUAGUUAUGGCAAGACUGUAGGCCUAGCCUUUAGCAUGACCAAAACAUUUAAAGACAAGGCUAGAAUGAAAACAAGAAUGCAGUAUAUUCUAACAGUGUCUUUAUGAUAAGAAUAUGGCAUGAAAUGUUUAAAUUAACAUGGCUGGACCCAAGAGCUGACUCACCAGACCGUCUGGUUAAUUCUGCACAGGACAGCAUAAUUUUCUAUCAAUCUUUGAAGUGUAGGCCAUAUUUUCACAUUGCUGUCAUGAUGGCAACCAACAAAGUUUUUUCAUCACCUGUAAUUUCAGUGAGGUUUAACUUCUAGUCUUAAUUUACUGAAAGAAAAAUAUCAGUAUAUAGUAAACUUUUCUUCCAAAUUGCCUUUUGUUUCUGACGAUACAAGAGGAGAAUUAGACAUAAAAAUAAUAAUCAAGAGUCUCUGGGCCUUUUUUCAUACAACCCUUCAGUUUAAACGUGCAGUUAUUGAUUUGUUACAGUCAACUUUCUCUUAACAACGCAACUACUCUGUUAUUGGCUACUUCCCUUUUGUGAUCACUGUGACAGUAAGUCGACUCAUUCAACUUCUCUUAAAUAUUGUUACGCAACUUACUAGGAUAAGAUGGUGGAAUGAUGGUAUUCAUUAUCCGACCAUGUUCUUUAAUAAGACGAUUCUUCACGACAUAGUAAGAGCUUUAACCUUAAGUUCAUUUAACAUUUAAAAAAAGUGAAAAGUUACAUACUGCUGUAGCCACAAAUAGCAGGGCUAAUCUGUGUGGGUAGAGGAAAUCUGGUCCGUUGUAACAAAGGUAAUGCAGAUAUUUAAAGUACUUAAAUUUUCACUGAUGUAAACCAGGGUGCAAAGAAAAUCAUUUUUACAGCUUGCCAUGCGGACAAGCUGAAGCUAGCAUUUAUUUGCCCAGACGUCAUUUCAACUAGCCCCAAAAGCUUUUUGAUCAGCAGAAUUGAUUUUACAGUUCUUCUGUCUUUCGAAUUCCUUCAAAAAACAUCACUUGCCCGUCGGGCAAGUUAAAAACAGAAUUCUCAAGCCCGAUAGCAAAAUCCACUAGUGCUGGGCUAUCAGACACUUCUUUCUUUCUUUGAACGCUGUAAACAGAUUUUAGUUUCCAAGAAAUUGUAAUACUUUUCAAAGGCCUUAAAAGCGAUUUGUCUUCUUUAUCCGAUCUCCAUAAAAUCAAAGAUUUUCACCAACAAAUGACUUUGGGUGGAAGUUUGUCAAAAUGUCGUUUCAAGUAAAGUACCUUGACAAUGAUAAACAAAAAACUUUGUGAUCAGUUAAAGACGAAUUUUGCUCGAUCUAGAACUGCCAUUGAAAAUCCAACCAGGAGCUCAAAGUGCUUCUGUGAGAGUUUAAAAAUGUUAAAUGUUUGAAGUAAUGAUAAUAUUUCAAACCUUAUAGUUUCAAUAACCGUGAUAAAUGAGUGAUAAAUUCAAAAUGUCUCAAAGUACUCUAACAGUAAGUAACAGUAAUGUCAUGGCAUCGUCCUCGGGCACUUCAAGGUUCAAACUUCCAAAUUCUAAGCCGAACUUAGCCUACUAAAAGGCCAAAAAAUCUGCGUUACAAUGUUCUCUAUUUUGAGAUUGUACUUUUCAAGUAAUGCGCACCUCAUAGACUACAGACCUUCAUGGCUGAUACAUUUCAGUAGGGAGAUGACUAAAUGUAUCUAAGUUAACAUCCAGUUAUCACUACUUAGAAAUGAAAUGACUGAGAAUUUAAGGCAUACCAAGAACAUUACAGUAAGUAUGUUACAGAAAUAAAGUACACUGUAGUGCCAGUUAAGUAUAUACAAACACUGUAAAUAAGAUAGAUCUGUUUUAGCCCUUAAAUAGGGCCGUUUCGGUGAGUAUAAUACAGUCCUUUUUUCUAGUCAAAUUUGGCUCCCUUAAAUCGGGGCCAAUACAGUCCAAUUACCUAGGGCUGAUUUGAACCUAAGUGCUGAAGUAGGUCCCAGCGUGGGCUGGAAUAGCGUUUUGAACGAGCUGUUUUGGCCUAAAUUGUGCUCAAAUGGCUUCAGAAGGGGCUGUAUCAGACUUUGGCCUGCAAGGCUGAAUUGGCAAUUCAGGCUUUUGGAGGCUGAAACAAAUGUUUUUAAUUUUCAGUGUAUUUUACUAAAUAAAAAAUCGGUAUCAGUAUACGUUUCUGGCAAACUGCCCACCUACCCCUCCCCUAAGCCAACAUUUUGCCCUAAGUGAGAAGUAACUGUUAAUGUUGGCUUAGGGGAGGUGUAGGUGGGAAGUUUCCCAGAAACAUAUAAUGAUCCAAAAAAUCUUUGAAGUGUGAUAGGUGCUUAGUUGGCCGCAGAGAUGAUAUUCCAUAUCUCGGCUCCAAAUCUGGUGAAAGAUCUAAUUUGUUGAUCCGAGCUUGAAAUAUACUGAUGUAGAAAUUAACUGAACUAGAAGACCUGGUUUUAUAUCCAAAAAAUGAAUUAAAUAACCCUUUAUAUGGCAGUUAAAUCUAAUCUCCUGUUCACAACAAAGCAUAUCUGGGCAGUGGUCUCAAUAAUUUGGUUUAGCAAUGUGGAUUGUCUAAAAAAACGUAAUUAUCAAUGACAUUAUUCUUUAAACGACCACCUGUAUAGAUCUAAUGUUAGCCCGUUCAAGGUUUGUACAAGGUACUUAUAUCAACUGACAUUGUAAAGUCAACAAUCAAACUCGCACAACUAAAGGUCAUCUGCAACUAGGGGUAACACUAAAAUUAUAGCAAGAAUUACACUUCACAUCAACAUAUCAGUCUUCAUCUCCACUUUCGCCUACAGCGCUGAUUUCUCCUUGAUGGUUAGCAGGCCGAUCACACACCAUUACCUUGUUCAAAGGAAUAUGGAAUGCAAAGGCCACGUGGUCCCACCUACGAUAUCGCGGAUAAUCUUGCCCAUGGGCUUGAAGGCGGACAAUCGUGCCUCCGGUUGUUUGGGGCCACCAAAACCAAUUUCCAUUAACAUCACGCGUAACAGCAGCUACGCUGUUGAAAUCUUCCUCUGGCGAUAACACAUCGGGAUAGCCUGCAAACUUCGCAGCGCCGUCUGCUUCGCUACAUACAAGGACGGCAUGCAUCACCUCCUUCUUGUAACAAAACGUUCCCAAUAUUUUGUAACGAGGGUCGCCAUCAAUAAGUUGGCGGUAAUGCUGAAUUAAUUGGUUUAUUCCAUACAGAAAAAAGCGUUCCCCAUACCUAUCAGGAUCAGGCAGGAACGCAUCCGAAGUUGCGAAUUGGUUUUUUAAAGCAUCUAGGUCAUCAUCCUCUUCACGAGUGAAAGGUUUUAUAACUUCUCCGAGAUGCUCUCGUAGGUUGUUUUUUACCUCCUCAUUAAAUACAGGAAUCCACCAAGAGAGGUUUGCUUUCACGUCGUUGUGUUCGUCGUCUUCGUUGAUUUUCUUCAGCCUACCUCUGAAGCCAUGAUCAUUAACGAUCUGGACGGCAGCUUCCGGUUCUGUAAAGUGGGCAAGAACAGUGAUUUGUAAGGGCCAACCUUGAUUUUUGGCGUCUUGUAAUUUCUGCCAGCGCUCUUGAUUAUCCUGUAAGUGUUGAUUACCCAUGUGAUCCAUGGGAUGGUUGAAAAUACACUCAUAGUCGGAGAUGUAAUCGUAUUCAUGUCUACCACCAAACAUACUGUUCCAUUCAGUGUUCCAAUCGUUUUGCCUGACGUGCCUCCGUGGACAGAUUUUCUCAACUACGCCUUCUUUUUUGGCUAUUCCCUUCAGCCAGUUUAUCUCGUCCUGCUGAGCCAUCUCAAGUUUUUACUCUGUGGGAAGUAAGCGGAAGGUAUUGGAUUCUGCGAUUGCCACGAUUCUUAAAAACGAAACCUUAAGCGGAACAAGGUUUUGUGACGUUAGGAAUAAUCGCGAGUUUGAUUGGCGACCUGGGCAAACAAAAAAAAAAACAGAACAAAGCGAAACAAAUGCAACUUUGAAUUAAAUUCUGUUUAAUAAUUACGACAGUUGUAGUUCUUGCGAUGGAGUUUUUUUUAUUGACUUUUACCCACUAACUUCCUUUAAUUUAAUUGGCCAGUUUCGAACUACUGAAAAUCUUACUUGGCUGUGAGGAUGAGGGGUUUAAAACAAAAGAUAAGAUGACAAUGAGAUUCGAGAAAGAAUAAAUUAAUUCCUUUUGUUUAUUCUGCUCAACCUCGUCUCCUUAAGUAUGAAUUGUGAUACAUCGAAACUGGGCAAUUCCAGAGACAACAUACGUGAACAACUUUCAUGAUAACCAGCCGUUAAAAGCCUCUUAAAAUUAAGUAUUUGAAAUAUUUUACUGUGUCUGACAUAUACCUUUGUACUCUAUUCAAAGUGUUUUUUUUUGUUGUAGCACUAAAAUGAGACUUUUCGUUGACUGCUUAAGGGAGUUAUAAGUUAUUGAUUGUUUGAAAAAUGUGAUCAAUCGUUAUAUAUGAUUCGUUAUGCACCCAAAACGGGAAAGGAUUUUCCUUACGGGAUAAGCUCAAAAAGACUUGCAGAUUUUAUUGUUAUAUUUUUAUAGAUUUUUCUAAAAGGGUCCUUUCGUUUCUGAUAAAACAAGAAAGGAAUGUGACAUAACAUCAAGAGUCUCUAAGGGCUUCUUUUCCAUACACCCUUUUAACUAAAAAAAAAUGCAGUGGCCAACUUAUUAUAGAAAUUUUUUGUUUGAUUUUGAAAAAGGAUGAAGAAAGGGAGGCCCACUCAAAGCUUCAAGAAGUGUCAGUGGCUACAAUUUUAGAAGCUCAGAGAGAGGAGCAGUUAGCCAAAGAAGAGGAAGAGAAAGCAAAGAUGAAAGCAAGGCUGAAGCAAGGACUUCCUGUGAAUGCACCAGACUCUUAUUUAAACAGUGAUGAUGUGUUUGGUUAAGUACCUUGAAAAAGAGUUUAAAAAAAUGAGCUGGCGACACUUAAAGCUCAGACUCAAAAUUGGAAUAAAAAAUUGGCGGCUCGAAGUAUUAGCGAAAUCUUACAAGGAAGGGUAUUCCGAGCCUGCAGUUUACUUCAAAUGUUGCUUGGCGACCGGUAAUGUUACAAAUGCUCUUCAGAAAGCAUAAUUCCAUUUUAAGAACAAAUAUCAUAUAAUGAUAUAUAAUAAAUGCUGUUUAUAAUGA